GCUGCUGUAAAUCGGGCGUGAGGAGAAGAAGUGUGAAUCCUGCAGCUGUCAGGAGCUCAGGACGACCAUGGACAGAGCCCACAACCCUGCUCUGUAGGACCGAGCACACCGAUCCAGACCCGGAGGACCGGCAGGGACAACUUUAUCCACCGCCACUGCUGCUGCACUCCGACACGGCGGAGGACUCCUCCCGUCGGUCGGUCGGUCGGUCGGUCCCUCCCUGCUGGAAGACAAUGUGGCUGAACCCGGAGGAAGUCCUGCUGAAAAACGCUCUGAAGCUCUGGGUGACGGAGAGGAGCAACGACUUCUUCCUCCUGCAGAGGAGGAGAGGACACGGAGAGCACACCGGGAGGAUCACAGGUCUGCUGGUCGGGGCGCUGGACACCGUGCUGGACUCCAAUGCCAGGGUCACACCAUUCCGCAUCCUCCUCCAGAUUCCCGGCUCCCAGAUCAGCUGGGUCAUCGCCAGCGGAGCUGCCAUAGAGGAGGUGAACAAGCACUGGGACUGGCUGGUCCACAACCUGCUCCACUCUCUGACCGUGUUUGAGAACAAGGAGGAUGUCGCCAGCUUCGUCACAGGAAAAGUCAAGGGCCUCAUCGCAGAGGAGGUUCGGGGCCGCCAGGCCGCCCAGGAGGACGACCCAGAGAAGUUCAGGGAGGUGCUGCUGAAGUUCGAGCGGCACUUCGGCCUCCCUUCGUCAGAGAAACUGGUGACGUACUACUCGUGCUGCUGCUGGAAGGGUCGGGUGCCUCGGCAGGGCUUCCUCUACCUCAGCAUCAACCAUGUGGCCUUCUACUCCUUCCUGCUGGGGAAGGAAGUCAAGUUUGUGAUUCCCUGGGCGGAGGUGACACGGUUGGAGCGGGUCUCCACUGGACUGAUGACGGAGGCGGUCCGGAUCACCACACGGCAGCGGCAGAGGGAAUUCUCCAUGUUCCUGAACCUGGACGAGGCGUUCGGGGUCAUAGGUCAGCUGGCUGACAUCGCCCUCAGGCGGCUGCUGGACAGCGAAGGCCUGGAGCUGGACCGAGUCCUGCAGCAGCCCACACGCAUCACCAAGAGGAUCCUGGAGGAGCAGGCUCUAAGGGAGUACGUCCUGGCUCUGUUUCGGCUCCCCCGGGGUGAGAGACUCCAUGAGGUGGCGUCCUGUUCGGUGUGGACGCCACACGCACGCUGCCACACGGCCGGGACCCUCUACACCACCGACAGCUACCUGUGCUUCUCCAGCCGAGAGGAAGGCAGCUGCGUCCUGGUCAUCCCUCUCUCAGAGGUGUUGUCUAUAGAGAAAGCAGAGAGCACCAGUCUGCUGCCGAACCCUGUCAUAGUGAGCAUUCGGACCAAAAAGGCCUUCCAGCUGAUCGAGCUGCAGGACCGAGACGAGCUGGUGGAGAGCCUGAACUCCAGACUGCGAGCGCUGCAGUGGAAACAGUCCAUGUUCCGCAGCAGGAAGGACGGCAAGAGGAGCGUGACCUCCCCGACACCGUACUACACCUUCUACUACGACAGCAGCUACUCUGAUGAAGAGGAGAAAGAGGAGCAGGCUCUGCGUAACACCGUCAACAGCGAGGCUCUGAUGACGGCCUUCCACCAGAAUCAACCAGGAACCAACGGCAACAAGAGCAUGGAGCAGGUGAAGGAGCGGCUGUGGGAGAAUCACUUCACAGAGUUCGGUCGUGGCGUCCACAUGUUCCGCACAGAGAAGAUCCAAAGGCUUGUUGCCAUGGGGAUCCCAGAGUCACUGCGAGGGGAGCUGUGGAUGACGUUUUCAGACGCGUCUUCAGAGCUGGAGUCCCACCAGGGCUAUUACACCAGCAUGGUGCAGAAGUCGAUGGGCCACAGCAGCCUGGCUACUGAGGAGAUUGAGCGGGAUCUUCACCGCUCUCUGCCCGACCAUCCUGCCUUUCAAAACCCUACCGGCAUUGCCGCACUCAGACGUGUCCUCACCGCCUACGCUCACCGCAACCCCAGGAUCGGAUACUGUCAGUCGAUGAACAUCCUGGCGUCGGUGCUGCUGCUCUACGCUAAAGAAGAAGAAGCUUUCUGGCUGCUGGUGGCUGUUUGUGAGAGGAUGUUACCUGACUACUUCAACCGCAGGGUCAUAGGAGCUCAGGUGGACCAGUCGGUGUUUGAGGAGCUGAUCAGGGAGCGUCUCCCCGAGCUGGCCGAACACGUUCCAGACCUCUCCACCCUCUCCUCCGUCUCCCUCUCGUGGUUCCUCACCCUCUUCCUCAGCGUCCUGCCCUUCCACAGCGCCGUCUGCGUGGUCGACUGUUUCUUCUUCCAUGGAAUCAAAGCCAUCUUCCAGCUGGGUUUGGCGGUGCUGGAGGCCAACGCUGUUCAGCUGUCUGCAAGUACGGACGACGGACAGGCGCUCAUGAUCCUCACCAGUUUUCUGGAGCAGGUAGGAAGUGAAGAGUCAUCCAGUCCUCCGUCGUCCCCGCCGGCUGCAGAGGAAACCAGCAGCAGCAGUGACGCCGAUGUUUUCACCGUGCGACACACGAACAUCACCGACCUCAUCAACGAGUCGUACGAGAAAUUCGGAGACCUGACGGUGAGACAGAUCGAGAGGCUUCGCUGUCGACACAGAAUCCAGGUGCUGCAGGCUCACGAGGACACGGCCAAAGAAAACGCUCUGAGGCUGGUGACUCCAGAUGUCUCCAUCUCUCCAGAGGACCUGGCCGACGUCUACGACCUCUUCAAGACGGAGCACUUCAUCAGUCUGUACUGGGGCGACAGCAGCUCUGCGGCAGCGGCGGAGGCUGCAGCGUGGCGUCACGGUGACUCCGGUCACUCCUACAUUGAGCGGCAGUACCGGCUGGACCGGCCCCAGUUUAAGAGCCUGUACGGGCUGCUGGCGCCGUGGCCCGGCGGCUCCAACCAGCACUCUGACACGCUGGCCAACCGCACCUUCACCCUGCUGGACCAGGAACGCCACAACCUGGUCACCUUCAGAGAGUUCGCCGGCUGGCUGGACACGUUAUACUGUGAAGAGCUGAAUGAGAAGAUCCGGCUGCUGUACCGUCUGCACAUCCCUCCAGCUCUGACAGAAAGUGAGGAUGACCCCUCUCUGAUGAAGAGCCCCCUGCUGUCCACAAACAGACCCCUCUAUGUCAAUCUGCCGUCCGUGACAGGUGUGGAGAGUGAAGUGAAGGACUAUCAGGAGCAGCUGAAGCAGAUGCUGCAGGAUCUGGUCAAAGAGAGGGAGAAAGAUGUGGAGAAACCUCUGCCGCUCAUGAACCAGCGUGAGUUCAUCCAGUUCUGUAAAACGCUCUACAGCAUGUUCCACGGCGACCCGGAGGAGAAUGACCUCUUCCAGGCCAUCGCUACGGUUACCAGUCUGGUGCUGCAGAUCGGCGAGGCUGGUCACCGUGGAAACAGCUCGGGGUCAGAGGUCAGCAGCCAGGGGGAGGUGACCGCUGUAGACACUGGAGUGAACGCCAGCGGAGGAGACAGGAGCUCACCGGCAGAGAGCGACUGGACGAUCAGCUACGCUCAGAUCCUGGCGUCGCUGCUCACCGAACAGGCGCUGGUCAACUUCUUCGAGAAGCCACUGGAUCUGACUGCCAAAAUCUCAGAGGCCAAGGAGAAGCAGUAUCAUCAGAGGGCGGGGCUUCUCACGCUGCAGCAGGGGACCAGCUGA